AAUCGACAGUUUGCAUUGGAGAAAGGAACAGAGAGCAUACCAGACCCAGCUGCACUGCACACCUCGGCUGAUUUUGCGAAUCAUUAACUGCCUGGAUAUUUUUAAAGCUUUUGAUUUCACCGCAAGCCUAUCUCGAACAGCUUCUUAUCAAAGCUGCAUGACUUUGCAAUAGCUGUCUUAUUUCGGACUUUGUAUUUUACACAAACUGCAUUGGAACCUGUAUAGUGUUUUAAAUGUUAUGUAUCACAUCCGAAGAAAUUAAUUAGCUGCACGGUAUCUGCAAGACUUUUGAGAGUACAAGAAAAACCUCCCGUACCAUCCAGGAAAUGUUGGCAAAUCGUGGACUGGACUGAUAGCAUUAAGGCGCGUAUCUCUGCAACAGCACCGUUUUCCUAUCCUUGUGUGAUUUUUUGAUAUUUACUCGGCUCAAUACUACAGUUUUUAUUUCUCAAUGAGGAUUUGUGUACCUGCCCAGAAACCGUGCGAUUUGUAAACGUUGUAGUUUAAGAAAGGUAAGAUAACCUUUCUGAAAUAUUCUUAACGACUGAACGGAGUAGACGCUUAAGCUAAAAUGCUGAAAUUACAUCUGGAUGCAUCUGGAAUCUUAUGAUGCUGCGAAGAACCUCACAUAUACAUUUUAACGCACAGAUUCUUUUGGAUUUUCACUUCAUUUUUAUGGACUAACUUUCCGGAAUUCUCAUUUCCACCAUAUUCUAUAAUUCUGUGAAUAUACGCAUUUUUUUCCUUUACCCAAAAUGGUCGAUUUUGAAAAUCAGUCUGGGCUACCAGCUUGUAGUAUAUUAUGAACAACACUGAUUUGUAAAACUUGUAAAUUAAUUUUCUGAACCAUUUUAGAAGGUACUGUGUUAUCGUCGCUGCUGAUAUCACUUCAAUUCCAGCAUAGUAUGCGAAGGUCUGUGGUUAGAAUGAUAUUAAAUACAAUAUAAUUACAAGGUAGAUCUACUGUUUAGUAAAUAACAUUUCAUUAGAUUGAGGCUCGCUUGUUAUAUCCGUAACCAUAUCUUAAUUGGUUUUUCUUUGUCUAAAUAUAUGACGUUCUCGUGACAACUUUUGAUUAAAUGAGAGCUAUAUAAACUGUGAGGACGUUAUGAAAAGCUCUAGCAUACGCAGUUGUGCAAAAUUAUAGCAGGUGCUAAUGCAGAUUUAAGGAAGAAAAUCAACAGGUACAAUGUCCUCUAAGGAAAUGGAUUUUAUACAAAUUCUUUUGAUAGCGCUUUUGUGCUGGACUGUGGCCGAGGCUGUGAUCAAUCUGAAAUAUUCGGUGGACGAGGAGCUGAAAGCGGGGACGCUCAUUGCAAACGUGGUAAAGGACGCAAUAGAGGCAGGAUUUAUGGUUGAUUCCCAGCCGUUGUUGCGAGUCAUUUCCAAUUCUGAGCCGCAUUGGGUGGACAUUAGCCCAGCAGGAUAUCUUAUCACCAAGCAAAAAAUUGAUCGGGAUAUAGCCUGUCGACAGACCCCGAAGUGUUUCAUCUCUUUGGAAGUGAUGUCCAACUCAAUGGAAGUCUGCGUGAUUAAAAUUGAAAUCAAGGAUCUGAACGAUAAUGCACCCCGAUUCCCCACAGAUCACAUAGACAUUGAAAUUUCAGAGAACGCUUCUCCCGGCACCCGGUUUCCCCUAGAGGGGGCAAGUGACCCGGAUUCGGGGAGCUUUAGUGUACAAACAUACGAGAUCACCCCAAAUGAUCUCUUUGGACUUGAGAUUAAGACCAGGGGGGAUGGAUCCAAGAUUGCCGAGCUCGUGGUGGAAAAGACGCUGGACAGAGAAACACAGUCUCACUAUAGUUAUGUAAUCACUGCCGAAGACGGUGGAGACCCCCCAAAAUAUGGAACUGUUCAGCUUAAUAUUAAAGUCAUAGAUUCAAAUGACAACAACCCGGUUUUCGAUGAGCCCGUGUACACGGUUAACGUGAUGGAAAAUUCUCCUAUUAACACAGUAGUCAUUGACUUGAAUGCAACCGAUCCAGACGAAGGCACAAAUGGCGAGGUAGUAUACUCAUUCAACAAUUACGUCACAGAAAAAACAAGGGAUGUUUUCAAAAUUGACCCUCGAACUGGUGUGAUCACUGUAAGUGGAGUGUUGGACUACGAGGCAAUGCAUAUCUAUGAGAUCGAUGUUCAAGCCAAAGAUUUGGGUCCCAAUUCAAUCCCAGCUCAUUGCAAAGUGACUGUAAAUGUAAUGGACGCAAACGAUAACGUGCCAGUAAUUAAUCUGUUAUCUGUGAACAGCGAGAUGGUAGAAGUCAGUGAGAACGCGCCACUGGGAUACGUCAUAGCACUGGUUAGGGUUUCAGAUAAGGACUCUGGGGCGAACGGAAAGGUGCAAUGCAGGCUACAAGGUAACGUUCCCUUCAGGUUGCAGGAAUAUGAGAGCUUUUCCACCAUACUUGUUGAUGGCAGGCUGGACAGGGAACAGAGGGACAUGUACAACCUGACAAUUCAUGCGGAGGACAGUGGCACCCCCUCAUUGAAAACCACAAAAUCAUUUGCAGUAAAAGUAACGGAUGAAAAUGACAACCCUCCUCACUUUACUAAACCACAUUAUCAAGAAAUGAUUUUGGAAAACAACACCCCUGGCGCCUAUUUGCUUUCUGUGUCAGCAAGGGAUCCGGAUUUGGGUUUGAAUGGCACCGUAACGUACCAAAUAGUACAGUCCCAGGUACGAGAUAUGCCAAUUUUAACUUAUGUGUCAAUGAACCCUAAUACCGGUGACAUUUAUGCCGUGAGAUCAUUCAACCACGAACACACCCGGACUUUGGAAUUCAAAGUUUUGGCCAAAGAUGGAGGUAACCCAUCUUUAACAAGUGAUGCUACCGUGAAAAUUGUCGUUUUAGAUGUUAAUGACAAUACCCCAGUAAUGACCACCCCGCCGCUUGUGAACGGUACAGCCGAGGUCUCCAUUCCAAGAAAUGCUGGGGUUGGUUAUCUGGUUACCCAGAUAAAAGCCGACGAUUAUGAUGAAGGUGAAAAUGGAAGAUUAACGUAUUCAAUCUCGGAGGGAGAUCGGGCUUUCUUUGAGAUAGACCAAGUGAAUGGCGAGGUGCGGACCACGAGGACGUUUGGGGAGAAUUCAAAGGCGACAUACGAGAUAACCGUGGUAGCUCAUGACCAUGGAAAGACGUCUUUGUCUGCUUCAGCUUUUAUCGUAGUCUACCUCUCGCCGGACCUGAACGCACAGGAGUCUAUCGGACCCGUAAACUUGUCCCUCAUCUUCAUCAUUGCCCUGGGCUCUAUUGCUGCCAUCCUGUUCGUUACAAUGAUUUUUGUGGCAGUCAAGUGCAAAAGGGAUAACAAGGAAAUUCGAACGUACAACUGCAGUUUCUUCUACUUGCGUAGGGUGGCGGAGUACUCCUACGGCAACCAGAAGAAGUCCAGCAAGAAGAAGAAGCUGAGCAAGAACGACAUCCGGCUGGUGCCGCGGGACGUGGAGGAGACGGACAAGAUGAACGUGGUGAGUUGCUCGUCUCUCACCUCCUCGCUCAACUACUUCGACUACCACCAGCAGAGCCUGCCGCUGGGCUGCAGGCGGUCCGAGAGCACCUUCCUCAACGUGGAGAACCAGAACUCGCGCAAUGCCGCCCCCAACCACGGCUAUCACCACAACUUCGCCGGGCAGGGCCCGCAACAGCCCGACCUCAUCAUCAACGGCAUGCCGCUGCCUGAGACGGAGAAUUAUUCCAUUGACUCCAGUUAUGUAAACAGCAGAGCUCACCUUAUUAAAAGCACAUCCACGUUCAAGGACAUGGAAGGGAACAGCCUCAAGGACAGCGGUCACGAAGAGAGCGACCAGACCGACAGCGAGCACGACGUCCAGCGGGGCCACUACGCCGACACCGCCGUCAACGACGUGCUCAACCUGAGCGGCGCGCCGAUCGGCGGCUCCCAGGCUCCCGAGCAAGACGCCACCGAAGGCUUCCACUGCCAGGACGAGUGCCGGAUCCUGGGCCACUCGGACCGCUGCUGGAUGCCCAGGGUGCCCGCCCGCGCCAAGUCGCCGGAGCACGGCCGCAACGUCAUCGCCCUGUCCAUCGAGGCGCCCACCGUGGACGUGCCGCACUACGAGGACUGCGGCGCCAAAAGGACUUUUGCCACCUUCGGCAAGGACGGGCCCGAGGAGCACGAGCGGGGCGAGGCCAAGGCCAAGAGGACAGGCGACCCGCCGGCGUCGGUCUGCAGCCCCAAGGCCAACGGGGCGGUCCGCGAGGCGGGGAACGGGCGGGAGGCCACCAGCCCCAUCACCUCCCCGGUCCACCUAAAGAGCCCCGUCUCCAAGGCGCCCUCCUCCUCCUCCUCUUCCUCCUCCGCCUACAACACCCUGAAGUGCAGGGACGCAGAGAGGAUCGCCAACCACAGCCUCCUGCGGCAGCCGGAGGGGAAGGACAGCGAGCCCGCCGUCCGGGAGAUCAACCAGCUCCUGCAGAACAGCCGGGACAAGGAGUCUCCCGGCAACAAGCGCCUGAAGGACAUCGUCCUCUAACGGGGACGGGGAGACCAGGGGUCGCGGGGGUCACAGACUGCACGCUCAUGCGCACACGCUUCGGACGUGUCAGUGAGUGUGUGUGUGUGUGCAUGAGAGCGAGUGAGAGAGAGGGCAAGAGAGAACUAGGGAGAGAGAGAGAGAGACCUGCAGCACAGCAUAAAGAACGUAGAGGUCAUCCAGAGAUGGAUAAAGAAGUCAAGUGCCCUGAGACAUUUGCUGGAGAACAAAAAGGCUUCGACGUGGCUUUGUACUUAUAGCAGUAAUAUCUCUAAUUUCUCUUCAUUUUCUCCGUCCAGGAAAAGGAGGGGUAGUGGGGUUGUGCUUAGACCGAAUCCUACUUUUGUCAGUGUGUUUUUCUUUUUUCCUCUUUUUUUUCUGAGGGGGAAAAGUGAAAUUCAGCCGGAUUUGUUGGAGCACUCAUGACAACGGAUAUAAAGUAGACUUGCCUUUUGAAAAAAAAAAACAAAAAAAAAAACCUUUUUGUAUUUUCUGAUAUGGCCUUUUUGGGUUAGCAGUUUGUGUCAGCUGCCAGAUUGUUCAAUGUUGAAGUAGACCUUUUUAUGUUGAUGUAAGACCCCAAAAUGCAACAGCCGUCACAGAAUAAUUUCCCGGACUUCUGUUACAAUCAGCUACUUUGCUCUAAAUAUAUCAUGCAAAGAAUGGGGGGGGGGGGGGGGCAGAAGAAGAAGUACGCUGCUCAUCUCAUUCCUAUUUACAGUUUCCAUGUGUCUGAUACCAGAACCGCCUACUGCUUACCCCGAAGACGUUCUGCAUCGCAAAACUGUGAGGUCUUUGCCGUAUUUAUUUUUUAUCACCGGCGGGGGCUAAAUGAACUCGUAUCAGCUGGAGUCCGCCGAAAACCCUAAGCGGGAAGGACAGAUCGAUCCGACGAAACGGAGACUGAGAAAACACUUGUAUCUUUUGAAUCUCCUGUGCCCAUUCUUGAUUGUAGCCAAUUGGACACAGUUUACUAGAACUUUGUGCUCUGGUCUUGUACUUUUUUGAAAUUCUGACUAUUGGGCUAGGAUAGAGGGGUUCGUCACUCACAUGUCUUGCUAUGUGAAACUCUGUAUAGGGUUUACUAUUAUCUUUUUUUUAACCUGUUGUUAUGUGACAAUCCCUUUAACGUUUUGUUUGGAGAAAAUAAACAUUGGUGUUCAACUGAAGCUAAAGUAGCGUUUGUUACACAAACACAAAAAGAAAAAAAACAUAUAUGCCAAAAUAUAUUUUAUAAAUAAUUUAAAAAUGUAUAAUGAGAAUAUUUAAUGCUGUGUAGUUAUUUUAUUAGUAAGUUAUACUUGAAAUUAACAUUUUUUUCCUUUAUGAUUUUUAAUUAUGAUUAUUUUUUAUUCUUAAAUUGAUCUUGGUUUUUUUGUUUACUGUGUUACCCCUGGCAACUGUUGACUUGCAGUCUACCUUGUUGUAAAAGAGUUUCUUAUUGGUCAGUUCUUGUGCCAUCAAGUUUCUGUGUGGGCAAAUAGAAAAAGAAAAAAAAGACAAAAAAAAGCAACUUCAGCACCAACAGUAGUGUGUCAGUUCAAUGAGCUUAGAGUGAGAUAGCAAAAGAAACCAAAAAAUAAAUAAGAUGCAAACAAAAUAUGACAACAUAACAAAGUCGGUGGUUUAAUCUUAAUAUUUAAGUAAAGGAUAAGAAUGUCUUGCAAGCUGAUGAUUCGAUUCCACACAUUUUGGAGCCUUCUUUUCUCCAAGAGUCUUAAAAGGGGCCUCCUAGUACUGGACCUGGGGUCCCAAAACAUAGCUGUGAAAAUGAAGAUGGUAAAAAUGAGAACAGACAUGCUUAGCUCAGAAGCUGUGACUCUUUUCCUUCUUUGAAUCAAGAGUUCGAACAGGGAGAAGAACCCACCUCCCCAAAAAAAAAAAAAAAAAACUAAACAUUUACUGGAAUCGUUCAUCAGAUGCAAGUACGGUCAGGAGGAUCAUUGUGUUGCAAAAUGAUACUAGCAAAUGGGUUUUUUUUGGGUUGCUUUGCAAUAUAAACCACUUGGUAAAAGCUUGGAAAAAUGGAUAAAAAGUUUAUAAUGAAGAAGGACUUGUAGCUGAAUGUCUCACAGGUCUCACCAACAGCUUCUGGCAACAUGAAAAUUGGAAUAUUCACUGAAUGUAUACAGCUGCUUAUUAUUAAACUAUUAAAUGUU